AUGGCAGACCAGACGGUCAACGAGCUCCGACUCGAAUAUCUCCCUCCUGAGAUUCUUUCCGAGAUUGGUCGGUGCAUGUCGCUCGAGGACCUCAAAAACGUGUCUAUGACCUCCAAGAAAAUGCGGCGGUCCUUUUCCCGAUGGCUAUUCCAUAGCGUCGCCGUCAGCGGCAACGGAGAUAAAGUCAUCUAUCAAAUCGCACACCUGCUGCCGUCCAUGAACACUGAGAUGAGACAGAUGAUGAUGGCAAACGUCAAGCAUAUCCGGCUUCAUGUUUCCGGCCCGCCCGAAUCUUAUUAUUAUAAUAUCAGGAAGGGCCAGCGAGUUAGCAGACUUCCGGUACUUUUGGCAACAAUAUUGCAACAAGUAGAGAACGUCGCUUCUAUCGACCUGAAAACAUAUGAUUAUCUCUCUAAAACAGAUCAUGAGAAAUUGGACGAACUCUUCUCCCGGCUCCCUGUAUACACUCGACUCUACAGCCUCACACUCGGCACAAAGAAGGAUAUGAAUAGGCUCAUCAACAAGUCUGCGAGAAACAGCAUCAAGUAUUUGACAUUGACCGACGACAGUGGUAACAGCCUACUGAAAAUCGCAAAGUUAAAAUGCCCAGAUCUUCGUCGGCUGGUUCUUCGUAAGGACUUCCGUGGUAUAUACAACCCUGCGCGGGAAAGCCUCGAAGCAGUUGGGAAAGACGUCAGCAAAGCAUUCCCUGAGCUAGAGUGGCUUGUGAUAGAUUACGACUGGGUAACCAUUAGGGAUAAAUAUACCGAUGGCGAUCUCAAGGGGCUCCUAGGACCUUUGGCUCACGCCGUCAAUGGCAUGCCGGAACUUGAAAGACUAUGUGUCAGGCUAUCAAGUGGCCUGCGCUGUAAGAUGAACAUCGCAUUUUUGACCUCAUGUUUGACCUCAUUUUUGGCCCCUGAUGAGAUCCUUGAAGAGGUAGAUUAUGUGGAGAGAGAACUCGAAAGCGGAAUGGCACAUAUCGCUGAGAUCGCGCCGAAUCUAAAACAAAUCUGCUUCACCGCAUUCGACUCGAGUGCUAUCCGGCGAGACAACGACCACUGGCGUGGGCCAGUUUUUCGCGAUUACAGGAUGCCGACACCCCCGUUCAUGUAUCGCGGUGUUCGAAACACCGAGUCCGCCAAGAUGUCUCUCGAGAGACUUCCGGUUCCCGGUAGACACGAGUUUCCUCGAGGCCUGAUAUACUAA